GGUGACGUCACUUCCUGGAGACGGGACGCGUCGCUAUAGAGACAGAGCGGAGACGGGAUUUGGGAGAGAUGGAGGCGGACGGGCUUUUGCUGGGGAUGGAGAUGGUGUCCGGCUCCGGUGUGGGGCUGAGCCCGGAACAGAGCGCCGCCCUGCGGACAUCACUGCUUCUCCUCCGCAGGAACAUGAAGCUGUCCGGGGUUCUGUUCUGGGGGAAGAUCCUCGGAGUCCGGGGGGACUAUUAUAUCUGCCGGGGGAUCGAGGAGGAGGGAGAGGAGCUCCGGGGGAGGAAGACCUUCUACAGCCUGAACUGUAUGGACUGGUGUCUCCUGCCGCCACCCACCGAGGCCAUCAUCGCUGAGGGGCAGGUGAUCAAAGGUCGAUUCAUGGGAGACCCAUCUCAUGAAUAUGAGCACACAGUGCACAAGAAAGUGGGCGAAGGGGGCACGGCCUAUGAAGAGGAAGUGACGAGUCACAUCAAAGAGGAAACACGUCUGGUGACCAUCAUCGCCAUGAUUGACAAGGAGGCAACCGUGGUACCGCGAGGGGCCUUUAUCAAGGAUCCACUUGGAGCCGUCAAAAAGAAUCCAUGUUUCCGAGGUCUUACAGUAAGUGAAGCCAAGAAGCUGAGUUCAUUCUUCCACUUCACCCCAACUGUGAACCCCAAGAAACGGUCACUGUUGGAAAUGGCUGAUCUGGAUCCUUCAAUAGACUUCCUGGACACCUUGGAACACGAUAUCCCCAGAGGGUGCUGGAGUCUGCAGUUCGAGCAGGGCAACGGUGUGGUCAUCCUUCGCAGCCUCCUUUGGAUCGGACUGACUUUUUAUCACGUUCCACUCGCCGCACAAUACGGUCAUGUCUACAUUGGGACUGGGGAGAGGAACAACGACUUACCCUUCAUGAUCUGAGUACACAGGACCUCAGCACAGCAUUAUCCAAGGUCUCUGGAACUACAGUUGUGCUCAAAAGUUUCCCCCCUCUUGGAGAAUUGAUAAUAUACAGAAUGUAUCAUUUUUAAUGAAAAUAGGUUUUAUAUUUUGUAACCAUAGGUAAUAAUAGAAUGGCACAAUCAUAAAACAAGAGUAAGCACAUUCUGUGCGAAACACGUUAACUGUCUUCUGAUUUGGAACUGUGAUGUUUGUACAUUUUAUGCAUUGAUGACCUCAAUAAACGUCAUUAAUCCUUCACCUUG